AUGCAAUAUGAUGAAGGAAUCAUCGCUGCACUUAUUGAGAGAUGGCGUCCAGAGACGCAUACAUCUCAUAUGUGGACUAGCGAAUGUACCAUCACAUUGCAGGAUGUCGAGGUCUUAUAUGACAUUCCCGUGGAUGGCCACCCAUUGGUGCAGAGUGAUGUUAGAAAAAUAACUAAAUUAAGGUGGCAGCAAUUGAUGUACGAGAUUAUUGGUUGGUUGCCCGAAGCAGAAGCAAUUAAAGGUAGUAGCUUGUUGAAAAUAACAAAAUUAUCUAACCAUUUGGAAACCUUGAUUUCCAUGAAUGAUAUUAUUGAUGAACACACCGAUGAGUUUGUGGUGCAAAAGAGGGUCAGGUUGUACUUGCUUUGGCUGAUUGGUGGCACGAUAUUCCCUAAUAAUACUGAUUCAUUGCUUAGUUUAGACUUUUUGCAUGACAUAAAAGACUUUGAUGCAAUGGGCGGGAAAGCUUGGGGAGCAGCGACAUUAUCAUACUUGUACAAUUCUCUAUGUCGUGUUUCGAUGUGUAAUAGCCAUGAUGUUUGA